AUGGCGAGCUACCGCCUGCUGGAGCUGGUUGCCGUCACUGCGGCUCUGCUAGGCGGUGUGAGGGGCGACGGCGGUAAAACGGAGCCGGAGUUCGGCGAACAAAUUCACAACGUGACCGUCAUUGCCGGACGAGACGCGGUCCUGUCCUGCUCCGUGGACGGCCUGGGCGGAUACAGGGUCAUGUCGCCCGACAUCAUCAACAGCAACACCUCCUCUGACACGAGCGUCGCAGAGGGCACGUCUGUUCGUCUGGUCUGCGCCGCGCGCGGCUACCCCAAACCUCUGAUCACCUGGCGUCGCGAGGACGGCCGUCCCGUCGCCGUAUCUUCCGCCACUCAAGUGACGGGCGAGGCGCUGGUGAUGCAGGCUGUGGUGCGCCAUCAGAUGGGGGCCUACCUCUGCAUAGCCUCCAACGGCGUCCCUCCAUCUGUCAGCAAGCGCAUCAAUCUUAACAUCAACUUCGCGCCCCAGGUGAAGGUACAGAACCAGCUACUGGGAGCGCCGCUGCUGACGGAGGUCUCCGUCAGGUGUCUGGUGGAGGCCUUCCCUCCCGCCAUCGUCUACUGGCAGAGAGGCACCGCAGAGAUCCUGCUGCCUGGUGCGAAACAUGUGCUACAGGAGCAGCAGCAGCAGCAGCAGUACACCGCAUCGCUGUUGCUGGUUGUGCGCGCUUUUAACUGGACGGACGUCGGACUGUACAGAUGCGUAGCCACCAACUCGCUGGGCAGAGCUGAUACCAGCGUCAGGCUUUACGUCAUCGAAUUGCUUAGGUCGACGGCGCGCUGGUCCAAUCGCCCAUCGAAGUCAUCGACGAACUCUGCGGUCGAACUCCGCCGGGAUCAAGAAUUUUCGCCAUCGACGACAGACAAUUUUGAUAUUCGUGAAGAGGCGAUCGAUCAACGCCAGCUUUACGGGGUGUCGAAUGGGGGUUUCGAAGCCACCCAACGUGAUGGCGAUGGUUGGGGCGGAGGACGCCCGGCGGGGCGAGGGAAAAGUUCCGCUGACAAGGGAGAGGGUGGGAUUUUUUUAGACAUUCUAGGAUUUAACACCGCUUGUGUGGCCCAAAACGAAAGCUUUAAAGUGCUUGUAUUUUUAAUUACCAAUAUUAUGUACACACAAUACAGAAAUACGUAAUAAAUGUGA